AUGUUUACCUCACCUUCUGAGCUGUGUGAAGAUGUGUUCCGGAAGGCGUCAAUGACGCCACACGGAUCUUGUCCAUCACAGAGUUCCCUCAAUAGCCUUCCCGCUGCAUCAUCGACAGGCGGCCAUCAACAAUCCAAUUCUUGUUGGCACCAAUCCCAUCUUUUGCUGUGUUGUUGUUGUCCAAGUAGUCUAACCGAAACUACCCCCGUCAUCCCAUCUCCCACCAUGGUGUCUUCUGAGGAAGCAAAAACAAAAGAAGUGGCAAAACCAGCCCCUAAGCAGGAGUCGGCCCUCAAGAGUUUUCUCAGUGGAGGAUUUGGUGGUGUUUGCAUUGUUCUCGUUGGUCACCCCCUUGAUCUUGUGAAGGUGCGAAUGCAAACAGGUGUUGUCAAAGGAAAUUCUGUGUUUGGAGUGCUGGGUAAAACUAUGAGAAAUGAAGGAAUCGCCGGGUUGUAUCGUGGGGUGUCAGCCCCACUCCUGGCGGUAUCUCCCAUGUUUGCUGUCAGUUUCUGGGGGUACGAUAUGGGUCAACGUAUGGUUCGAUGGUAUGACGAUCAACCGGUGGCUCCAUUAUCCAUUAGUCAAUGUGUGGUUGCAGGGGGUCUGAGUGCUAUUCCCACAACGGCUCUCAUGGCACCCAGUGAAAGAAUCAAGUGCUUGUUGCAAGUUCCCAAUCAUCCCUACAAGGGAUUCUGGGAUUGUACCACACAGGUUCUGCGACAGGGAGGUGUUCGUAGUUUAUUCAAAGGGACUGUGUUGACUCUCAUGAGGGACACCCCGGGCAGUAUGGCGUGGUUUGGCGUUUAUGAGUACGCCAAGAAGGAAAUGAUGCGUGUACAAGGAAUCGAUCCUGCCACUGGCACUCUGUCUCCAUUGGCGGUUCUAUCGGCGGGUGGAUUGGCUGGAAUGGCAUGUUGGACUGUGGCCAUCCCUUCUGAUGUGCUCAAAUCUAGAUACCAAUCAGCUCCCGAAGGAACGUACACGGGUCUCAUGCAUGUCUAUUCCGAAGUGAUCAAGACAGAGGGCAUUGGAGGUUUCUUCACGGGCAUUCGCCCUGCUUUGAUCCGUGCAUUCCCUGCCAAUGCAGCCUGUUUCUUUGGUAUGGAAGUUGCUCGGAAAGCUCUGGCUUUCCUUGACUAG